AUGUCGCACCAAACGAGCAGAACACCGCGGAACCCUCCAGCGUGCAUGGAGAGCAUCCUCGAGAACAUUGGCAACACUCCUCUCGUCCGUCUGAACCGCAUACCACAGUCGGUCGGAAUACAAUGCGCCGUCUACGCCAAAUGCGAGUUCUUCAACGCCGGAGGAAGCGUCAAAGAUCGUAUUGCACUGCGCAUGGUUGAGGCUGCCGAGAAGGAGGGUCGCAUCAAGCCCGGACACAAUGUUUUGAUCGAGCCAACGAGUGGCAACACUGGUAUUGGGCUGGCACUGGUGGGAGCGGUCAAGGGAUACAGGACAAUCAUCACUCUACCCGAGAAGAUGAGCAGCGAGAAGGUCAGUGUGCUAAAGGCACUUGGGGCUGAGAUCAUCCGAACACCCACCAGCGCCGCGUGGGACAGUCCCGAGAGCCACAUUGGUGUGGCAAGGAGACUGGAGAAGGAGAUCCCAGGAGGUGUCAUCCUCGAUCAGUACGGCAACCCGAACAACCCGCUUGCCCACGAGUAUGGCACCGCACCUGAGAUUGUCGAGCAAAGCAAAGAGCUGGAGCAUACAUUGAAGGCUGUCGUUGCAGGAGCAGGAACAGGUGGCACAAUCACGGGCAUCGCUCGCGGCAUCCGAAAAGCACACGAUAAAGCCGUCAAGAUCAUCGCAGCAGAUCCCCAAGGCUCCAUUCUUGCUUGGCCACCCGAGUUGAACAAAGAGUCUGACGGCAAGCCAUACAAGGUCGAAGGCAUCGGCUAUGACUUCAUCCCAGAAGUGCUGGCACAGCGAGAAGUCGACCACUGGUACAAGACCGACGACCGGCACUCCUUCUACUGGGCACGACGCCUAAUCCGCGAGGAAGGACUCCUCGUUGGUGGCAGUUCCGGCUCAGCCAUGAGUGCCGCAGUGAAAGCCAUCAAAGAUCUUGACUUCGGAUCCAACGACGCAGUCGUCGUGAUUCUCCCCGACAGCAUCCGCAGCUAUCUCAGCAAAUUCGUCGACGACGACUGGCUCGCAGCCAACGACCUCUUCGCACCAUCACCACCCCUCACAGCACCCAGCACACCUCCCGCCGAGCCCGAGGAAGUCAAAGAGAACCAGAAGCCAACAGAAAGGAGAGUUGCACAACCUACCGAAGCCCUGCCAAUCCUGCAGAAGAAGGUCACAAACGAAGUAUACCAAACGGGCAAAAUCCGCGAUCUCCGCCUGAAGCCCAUCCAGACCAUCUCCGAAACCGCCAUGGUCGAUGAAGCAGUUGAGCUCAUGCGCGACAGGGGCUACGAUCAGAUUCCUGUAACAGCAGGUGCCAGUGGAAAACGUCUAGUCGGCAUGGUGACGCUCGGAAACUGCCUCUCGUACCUCUCAUCCGGCCGCGUGUCCAUCACGUCGCCUGUCAAGGACACCAUGUUCAACUUCAGCAAAACCGACGAAGUCAAGCCCAUUGAGAAGAACCCCGGCAGCACGGAGGGUGAUGAGAGCAAGAGGGACUUUGUGGAGAUUACGAUGGAGACGCCGCUACGAUACCUCGAACGAUUCUUUGUGUGGAAUGCUGCCGCUAUCGUUACGGAACGGGACAGCGAGACGGGCGAGUUGAAGGCAAAGGCUAUCGCAACGAAAGUCGACCUUCUUCUCUGGCUGGUCAGACAAGGCAGGGAGAGGACUGGUGCUCAUGCGAAUGGAACGAAGUGA